GGGUUGGAAAGCACAGGAGACGACAACUCUGACCUCACUACCUGAGGAAAGCCACAUCAAGGGCACUGGAGUCACACAGAUCACACAAGCCUGAGUACAGAGGAAUUUCAUUGCCUGACACAAAGCCACAGCUUUCCUCUGCCUGAGUGGAUUAUACUGACUCUGUUCUGACAUAGGCUAGUACUUUUCAGAGAUGGCUGAGGCGCAUCAGGCGGUGGGCUUCCAGUUCACUGUGCGCCCAGACGGUGUGGACCUUAAACUGAGUCAAGAGGUCAUCAAAAACAUCUACCUGUCUGGAGUGACAGCAUGGAAGAAGCGAGCCAUUCAAUUCAAGAAUGGUGUAUUAGCUGGAGUCUAUCCUGCCAGUCCGUCCAGUUGGCUGAUAGUUGUGAUUGCCAUGAUGAGUUCCUUGUAUAUCCGCAUAGACCCCCCUCUAGGAAUGAUUGAAGCAAUCACGGAAAACCUACCACAGAGAGACUAUUUAUCAGUGCAGACCCGAGCGGUGCUGAGUGCCAUUCUGUUUGCCACUGGACUUUGGCUGUUCCUCAUCUACCUCUUGAGAUACAUGCUCAAAGCUCUGCUCUCCUACCAUGGAUGGAUUUUUGAAUCCCAUGGCAAAAUGAGCUCAUCUACCAAAGUGUGGCUGAGCCUCGUGAAGAUGUUCUCCGGGCGCAGGCCGCUGCUCUACAGUUUUCAGGCCUCCUUACCCAGGCUCCCUGUGCCCAGUGUGGAUGAUACAAUUUAUAGGUACCUGGAGUCAGUCCGUCCUCUGCUAAACAGUGAACAGUACAACCAAAUGGAGAUGCUGGCCAAUGACUUUAAAGAUUCAAAAGCAGCCCAGCUACAGAGAUACCUAAUCCUGAAAUCCUGGUGGGGGACAAAUUAUGUAAGUGACUGGUGGGAGGAGUACAUCUACCUCAGGGGUAGGAGUCCUAUCAUGGUGAACAGUAACUUCUAUAUAAUGGACCUAUUGUACAUAAUCCCAACACACCGACAGGCUGCUCGGGCAGGGAAUGUGGUCCAUGCCAUGCUGCAGUACAGGCGCAAACUGGAACGGGGUGAACAUGCACCGCUGAGGGCUUUGGGGACAGUUCCUAUGUGUUCCACUCAGAUGGAGAGGAUAUUUAACACCACCCGCAUCCCUGGGAUUGAAACAGAUAUUGUGCAGCACCUGACUGACCGUAAGCACCUGGUUGUCUACCACAAGGGCAGAUUCUUCAAAGUGUGGCUGUACACUGGAGGACGCCACCUCUUACCCAGUGAACUUGAAACACAGUUUCAAAGGAUCCUCAAUGAUACAUCAGAACCCCAGCCAGGAGAACUCAAAUUAGCUGCCUUGACUGCAGGAAACAGAGUUCCAUGGGCUCGGGCUCGGAUUAAAUAUUUCAGCCAGGGAGGAAACAAAGUGUCCCUGGACGCCAUUGAGUCUGCUGCCUUCUUCCUGACGCUAGAUGGCGAGCAACAGGGUUACGACCCUGCAAAGACCAAAUCGUUUGACAGUUAUGCCAAGUCCCUGCUUCAUGGAAAAUGUUACGACAGGUGGUUUGACAAGUCUUUCACCUUGAUCUCUUAUCCAAAUGGAAAAAUGGGUGUUAAUGCUGAACAUUCUUGGGCUGAUGCACCAAUUGUCGGACAUAUGUGGGAGUAUGUUCUUGCAACAGACUGCUUCCAUCUUGGCUACACGGAGGAGGGGCAUUGUAAAGGGGAUGUGAACAAAGGUCUGCCUUAUCCCUCUCGACUACAGUGGCAAAUUGCAAAGGAGUGCCAAGAGGUCAUUGAGACUUCAUACUUGUCAGCCAAGCAGAUAGCUGACGACGUGGACUUCCAUGGCCAUCUAUUCCAUGAGUUUGGGAAAGGACUGAUCAAGAAGUGCAGGAGCAGUCCUGAUGCCUUUAUUCAGUUGGCCCUGCAGCUAGCACAGUUCAGGGACCAGGGUGUGUUCUGUCUGACUUACGAGUCAUCCAUGACUCGUAUGUUCAGAGACGGUCGGACAGAGACGGUACGCUCCUGCACUUCUGAGGCUGUUGCAUUUGUCAGAGCCAUGGAGGAUGCAGGUGCAACAAAUGCCCAGAGACUGGCCCUGUUUCGGAAAGCAGCAGAUAAGCAUCAAAACAUGUAUCGUCUGGCCAUGACGGGUUCUGGUAUCGACCGUCACCUCUUCUGUCUCUACAUAGUGUCCAAAUACCUCGGUGUUGACUCGCCAUUCCUUAAGAAGGUGCUUUCAGAGCCGUGGAAGUUGUCUACCAGCCAGACUCCACAGCAACAGCUCAAUUUAGUUGACAUCAACAAGUUCCCUAACUAUGUGGGUGCUGGUGGUGGAUUUGGCCCAGUGGCUGAUGAUGGUUAUGGUGUGUCUUAUAUAAUCGUUGGGGAAAACCUCAUCACAUUCCACAUCUCCAGCAAGUUCUCCAACCCUGACACAGACUCAUUCCGGUUUGGUCAGCACAUUUGUAACGCCAUGCUUGAUAUCCGAGCACUUUUCAAGCCUGAAAACGAUAAGAAGACGGUGGAGCAUGCAUCGCAUGUACAGCUGGAAAAUGGGAAAAAGCACAAAUAACAGACUGUAACGACUGUAGAGUGGUAUGCUGGAUGUGCCUCACAUACAACCUGUGAGUCUCUUCGUCGUGCUUCAUUCAUACAAAACUAAAGUUCGGGCGACAGGUUGCACUUAAGAUCUUUUUGGUCACAUUAUAGGAGCUGGUCAUUCCACUCAGUCAGAUUACAGAAAUAGUUGUUACUUCUCAAUUUUAUAUUAUACCUUCCAGAGCUGUGUUGUUUUGGUGCUGAGGGAUAGAUCUUUAAAAACGGGAAUUUUUGGUUGUUUCUCUCUCCUUUUUGUCAGUUUAUACCAUAGACUGUAUAUAAAGCUAACGUAAUGUAAUAAAUCUAAAUAUAAUCUUUAUUUAUGGUCUGUGCAUAUGAAACUUGUAAAUAUAAAACUCAGUACUGUCUGAAACUAUAAAUCAUUUGUUACAUGUCAAUAUUUAUGAAUUAAUGUUGUCAUUUUUGAUUAAAAUAUUAAAGAUUAUCUAUUAAAUGUAUCUCAUAAUCAGUGGCUUUUGUAGAGUUCAAAUGUAAUCAUACUAAUCACUAGACAUAAAUUCAUAGUUAUUUUCCAUUCUUAACAUUAAUAAAAAUUAAUAAAAAAAAUGUAAUACAUCAAAAACAUACAAGGAAAAACAAUCUAUUAUGAGAGACGUUUAUUGUAAGUGGGGUGACAGUCAUGUUCCUGGUAUCCAUAUGAACAUUUACAGAGGCCUUACAGGUUCAUUCAGGCUUCUCGGACAAACAAAAACGAUGUGGACUUUGAUCCGCUGGAAGCUUUAUAAGAGUUUGUCAGACUGCUCGCAGCAACAGUGAGAGCAAAACCAAAUGCACCAGAUCUCGAACAAAGGCAACAUCACUGAUUAGAGUGCUUGAUGUGAACAGACUCCUUUUUACAGUUGCACGAUUGAGUGACCAUAUAAUGCAAACUCUAAUCACCACAUUACCUUAAAUAUGAUGACCUACUGGGAAUGCAGAUGGUAGACGGCUCAUCUCCUGAUCUGUGACUUUAAACCACACUUCAUCUAUGACUUCACGUCAAUGCACAAUGAAGCAACAUCAAUUGUCAAAAAAAAAAUAUCAAUCUGCAGUUUCAUGAUAGAUAACGUCACAUUUGACUUUUGAGUGCAGCUCCCAAAGAGCGGGCAAAAACAAACCAUUUUCUAUUGUAAUAUUUAUUAGUUCAGGCGGGGACAAUACAAAAAGAAAGUAAUAAAAAACAAACCAUUCUGGUCACUCUUUUUCUUUCAAGGCAUCAGUUACAGCAAUGAACUAAAACUAGUCUUUAUAACUGUACAAAGUGAAUAGACAAACAAAAACACCAUCAUGCGGUCCGCCUGCUUGAUGAGAGCCAUUUUAAAAAGAGCCAAAGAGGCAACAGUCACCAGACUUCCUAAGAUUCAAAAUGAAUCAACAGUAUCACAUUAUUGUCUUCAUCACCAUCGCCCUCUUAUCAGAAGUUGCCUGCUGAUCACACACAUGUAACAUAAGAGAAUACAACAGACACGAAAGGCAAAUGGAUUUUAAGUAUGCUCUAAUUCUUACCGGUUUGUUUAUCAUUGGGGUACUGCAGGCUGAGUCCACUGGGUGAUGACGUGCCCCCUGGGCCACUGUGCGGAGCUGUUUUUCAUGUAGAUACACGCCAACCCAGUCUUUUUUGUGUACAUACUAUUUUGUGUAUAUAUUUCAACACUCUAGGAUGGUUUUGUAGUUUAUGUAUCUAAAAACACUCUGCAGAGCUUCGGGGUUCCGGUCGAUGAUGCACAGGUGGAUUAGGAAGUUGCACCAGGAGUUGGGUUGACAUUCUGCGUGGCUACUUGUGGUGCCACCUCUAUGAUCCGUGGUUUGUCAAUGAUGCGAGCAGUGCGGUUUCCUUUCUCUACAAUUCCGAUGAUCCAUGCUUGGUGGCCCUCGCCGUAUUUUGGGGAUUUGAUCUCGGCACAGAAGCGGGCAGCUUGCUCCCGAGGCAGACAAAUAAGCAGGCCUCCUGUAAAGAAAAGGAGAUU